AUGAGCGGCGCAGGUGGCUUUUACAAGUACCGAUGCAAGUACUUCUAUACUCACAACUGCCCAAACUGGGUUUGGGUAAAUAACGCGCCGUGCGCUUCAUGUCUUGCCGAUGGGCGGGACAACGAAGAACUUCCUCUGCCCUCCUGGGGUCUUCCCCGAGAUAUUGUCGUGCCCCGGGUCCUGGAUGGCAUCCUGCAAUACACCGUCAUGGAGCUCGUCGCUCCUUCAGAGCCGGGCGACGACUGGACGCUUAGGGAUAAAACCAAUCGACCACCACCGUCAAUCCCUGUGACCAGUGCGAUGCCAGUUAUACCGGGGAUAAUGGCACAUCACCGGUUUUAA